CGCCAAGUCUGUUACCGUUGUACCGUUGGCUUUGUGACUGGCGUCGCCGCCAUCAACCAGCUGUUCCUGCAAGCGAUUGAACUAUUUGAAGUGCUGCCGCCGAGUGGGAUUGGAAACCAGUCAUCAGCCUAAGUCACAUUGUCUUGACGUUCUCUCCAGCAUUGUUCUGCCCUGCUCGCACAUCCGCGAACACCCGUUCAUCUACUUCCAUCAUUGGCUGUGGUAUCGUGCGUUGAGACUGAGAGAAAAUGGGCCAUUAUCGACUUCGAAUAGACGGUCAAACAUUUAAAGAUGCAAACAAUCGGGAAAUAACCCUGAGAGGGAUCAACGUCGCCGGCGAGUCGAAAUUCCCCAGGAAUCCGGACACUCCUUCCUAUGUCUCCGAUAGCUUCUUCGAUGCGGACAAUGUCUCCUUCGUCGGCCGACCCUUUUCUCUUGACGAUGCACACACCCAUUUUGCCAGACUACGCAAGUGGGGCUACAAUACAAUAAGAUACCUCUUCACAUGGGAGGCGAUAGAGCAUGAAGGGCCCUGGAAAUAUGACGACGAAUGGAUCGCAUUCACCAUCGAAGUCCUUCGUAUCGCGAAACAGUACAAGUUUUUUGUCUUCCUCGAUCCACAUCAGGAUGUGUGGUGCAGAUUAUCAGGAGGAUCUGGUGCUCCCGCCUGGACUCUAUAUGCGGCAGGAUUCAACCCUCGAUCGUUCAAGAAGACCGAAGCAGCCCUGGUGCAGAACACGUACGACAACCCGGCCGAAUUUCCGAAAAUGAUAUGGAGUACCAACUACACACGUCUGGUCUGCCAGACCAUGUUUACAUUAUUUUGGGCAGGUCGGGACUUUGCCCCCAAGGCCAUCAUAGAUGGCAUGAACAUCCAGGACUAUCUGCAGGGCCACUUCAUUGCGGCAUGCAAGUACUUUGCUGAAAAGAUUCAUGAGGCUGGGGAUAUCGAAAGCGAAGUGGUCAUUGGAUGGGAGAGCAUGAAUGAACCUCACAGAGGUCUGAUUGGAUUCCAAGAUAUCUCUGUGAUCCCACCUGAACAGCAACUCCAACUGGGCACAUCGCCUACUGCUUUCCAGGCUAUGCUCACCGGGUCGGGACGCGCAUGUGAGGAGACGACCUGGGCUUUUGGCGGCUUUGGCCCUCAUCAGACCGGCAGAGAACUGGUGGACCCAGAGGGCGAAAUCGCUUGGUUGCCAGAAGACUACGACGACGAGAAAUAUGGUUGGAAGAGAGACUCGAAUUGGAAGCUGGGAGAAUGUCUAUGGGCUCAGCAUGGUGUAUGGGAUCCGUCAUCGGACCAGUUACUGCGAAAGGACUAUUUCGCCAAGCAUCCUCGAACAGGUGAACCACUAAACUACGACGUCUUCACCAAUACAUAUUUUAUGGAACAUUACCGGGCUUAUAGAGAUGCUCUGCGGAGCGUGUGGCCGGAUGCAAUCAUGUUUUGUCAACCUCCUGUCAUGGAGGUUCCGCCCGACCUAGAGGGAACCGCGGACGAUGACCCUAACAUGGUGCAUGCAGCUCACUACUAUGAUGGUCUUACUUUGUUGACGAAGCACUGGAAUCGAUUAUACAAUGUGGAUGUAAUUGGGGUACUUCGUGGCAAGUACCUCACACCUGCCUUUGCCAUCAAGAUCGGAGAGUCGGCGAUUCGCAAUUGCUUGCGUGAUCAGUUGAAGUUUCUAAGGGACGAGAGCUUGAAAUACAUGGGCUCCCACCCCAUGGUUUUUACAGAGAUCGGCAUUCCUUAUGACAUGGACGACAAACAUGCCUACAAGACGGGUGAUUAUAGUAGUCAGGUCAGCGCUAUGGACGCCAAUCAUUUUGCACUGGAGGGCAGUACGGCGAAUGGUUUCACAUUGUGGCUUUAUACGACUACGAACAAUCACGAAUGGGGCGACAACUGGAACGGAGAGGACCUAUCAAUCUACUCGGUCGAUGAUUUCGAGCUUCCCAGCGGGAAGUACUCCGACUUGGAAACUGACUCUCGGGUAGAGACCGACCCUCACUCACCAGCAUACUCCGAAAGUCAGGGUAGUAUUCAGCACCAGUCGAUAGGGCCUGACAAUCUGAAGAGUGCCCUGUCAGCUCCCUCUAUCACUUCGGAGUUCAGUCAGUCAAACGAGGACAAACUUGGGUUCCGUGCGGCAGAGGCCUUCAUCCGACCGAGUCCGAUCUUCACCAGCGGCCUAGUUUCGAAAUACACGUUCGACCUUAAGAACUGCACAUUCACGCUGUCGCUGAUUGGAAGUGAAAGGUCACUAAGCGAGGAGACUGCGACUGAGAUCUACCUUCCCGAGUUCCAUUUCCCUGGAGGGCACACUGUUGUCUCUGUCAGUAGCGGAGAAUGGACCAUUGAUUCGGAUGAGGUCAACUCAGUCAAGGUACAACGGUUGCGUUGGUGGCAUGCGGCGGGGGCUCACGACAUCAAGAUCCAGGGGGUCAAACGUAAGCCCGGCGAGUCUGCCACAUCGUCGAGUGAUGAACUGUCCUAUCUAGAGCAAUGCCAGAGCAGCGGAUGCAGCGUGAUGUGAGUGCCCUUAGCUGGCGUGGGUUCUGUGUUUCUGUCUUCUUUGACAUGCAAGCGCAUUUUGUGGUUGUUGUUGUCACAUUUGUUUUCUGAGAUCUUG